AUGGGUGCUAUGAGUUCUUGCCACAGAAGCUCGCAACGACCAUCAAACAACCAACAUCAGUGGUAUGGUAGUCCAAGCUAUUUGUGUGAUGCUUGCAAGUAUCCGAUUGGUAUCGUCCUUUUGCUCUGGAUAGGAGAAUUGAAGAAGGUGUAUAUGCGGUUGGAAUCUUUUUCCGCUGGUGAUGCGUUUGAGAGCUGGCUGAAGAAAUAUAGUAGUGAUUGCAUAAAGUAUGAUUCUUCUCCACUUUAUGGUGCUGGAUACAACAUGGCCAAAAGAGCAGUUGGAAGAUAUGGCCUACAAGCUACACUCAUAUAUAUUGCUCAAACGAGAAGGCUUCCGGGCUAA